UCGAUACUUAUUCGAGACGGAUAUAAAUUAUUAGCCCGCUGUCUGUUCUCAGCCCGUCGACGGCUUCUCCUUUCCACGCCCACGACGCCCGCAACGACCACGACGACCACGACACCGGCCGCAACCCCCAAGAGCGACUCCGUCUGGUCUCGCCUGUAAAACAUGUCGCUUGCCACAAACUACUCCGAGCCCUGGACUGGCUACCUCGUCCAGGCGCAGGAGCAAAUCGUGUCUGCCUCUCUCCCACGUCUCGCCCUCCUUUUCGUCAUCAAUAUACCCAUCAUCGCCGUCGUGCUUAAUGUUCUAUACCAACUGCUUCCCCGUGACCCUUCGUUGCCCCCGGUCGUUUUCCACUGGAUACCGUGGUUUGGAUCGGCGGCCCAGUACGGUCAAGACCCCGUCGAGUUUUUCGCGUCUUGCCGUGAAAAGUAUGGCAACGUCUUCACAUUUGUGUUGCUUGGCAAGCGCGUCACUGUUACGCUCGGUCCCAAGGGCAAUGACUUUGUCUUCGGCGGCAAGCACACCGUCGUCGCAGCAGAGGAGGUCUACUCUUCGCUAACGACCCCCGUGUUCGGCAGCGACGUCGUGUACGACUGCCCGAACGAGGUUCUGAUGGAGCAAAAGAAGUUUGUCAAGGUAUCAUUGACGACGGACAAGUUCCGCGAGUACAUCGGGAUGGUCGAUGACGAGGUCACGCAAUACAUGGACAACGAGCCACCCUUCCGAGUCUUCCAGACGGGCAGCACGACUGAAUGGGGUUCCUUCAGCGUGUACAAGACGCUUGCAGAAAUGACGAUUCUCACCGCUUCACGGACCCUGCAAGGCAAGGAGAUUCGGGACAGCAUGUCCAAGGGCUUCGCCGAUCUCUACCAUGACCUCGACCAUGGCUUCACCCCGCUUCAUUGGAUGUUUACAAACCUUCCGCUGCCGAGCUACUGGAAGCGGGACGAUGCGCAGCGCAAGAUGACGGAUUUCUACCUCGGCAUCAUGAACAAGCGCAGGGAAGGCAACCCAGAUGACUACGAUGACGUGAUGUCGUCCCUGAUGAGGCAAACGUACCGCGACGGCCGGUCUGUUCCAGACCACGAAAUCGCGCACAUGAUGAUUGCCCUUCUCAUGGCUGGCCAGCACACGAGUUCGUCGUCAACAUCGUGGGUCCUCCUCCACCUCGCCGAUCGUCCCGACAUCGCCGAGCUACUGUACCAGGAGCAGGUUGAGCACUUCGGUAUCUCAGGGGGCGACUUCCGCGAGAUGACGUACGAGGACAUGAAGGACCUGCCCAUACUCGAUGCCGUCAUUCGGGAAACCCUUCGCAUGCACUCGCCCAUCCACAGUAUCAUGCGGUACGUGAGGAGCGACAUUCCCAUACCGUCCUCGCUCGCUGCCCCGUCCGAGGACAACGUCUAUGUCGUGCCGAAGGGCUACACCGUGCUCGCUUCGCCCGCGCACAGCCAGCUCGAUCCGCUCCUCUGGAAGGACGCGAACGUGUGGGACCCGAACCGCUGGCUCGACAAGGUUGGCUUCGCGGCACAGGCACGGAAGGAGUACGACGAGAGCUCGCAGGUGGACUUCGGCUUCGGGCUUGUGAGCAAGGGCACGGGCAGCCCGUACUUGCCGUUCGGCGCGGGCAGGCAUCGGUGCAUCGGCGAGCAGUUCGCGAUGCUGCAGAUUGGCGCCAUUGUGUCGACGAUGGUCCGGAAGGUCGAGACGCGCUUCGAGGGGCCGUUCCCCAAGCCUGAUUACACAUCGAUGAUGGUCACGCCCCUCCAGCCCUGCGACAUCCUGUACCGUCGGAGGAAGUAGUCAACUUAUACAUCGUUUUAAUCCAGAGACUAUAUUAAGGAAAGUAGUGCAGACACUUGUAAUUGAUCCAUCUGGGAUAACCUUUCACUUGUGUGACACAUGAGCGUCGUGGUAUAUGUACUGGGUGAGGCGUCCGACGCGUAUGCAGUUCGUAUAGAUUGUCUAUGUGACGUGCGCACUAGACAUGUUCCAAUCUUCUUCUACUGCUCGCAGUACAUAGGGCACCCCAAGAUACAAGUACACGGUUUCAACGAGAUCCUUAGGUCCUCUCAGCUGAGUGCUUGCUUGGUUACUCAGAAAGUGAUCGACGUGCUGCUUCUGACAUCACCGAGUAGGUAGUAUA